UGUGUAAUAUCCGCCUGAGUUUUCUCUACUUCGUUCUUUUUUUCAAAACGCUCGGGAGGAUUUACCGGAGAACAGGGGAAGAAAGUGAGUGGAAGCAGACACUGUGAGAGGAAUGGAACUAGACAUUUGCUGAAAGCUAUCUAUUUUUUCAUCGCACCGAGAAAUCUUCAAGAUUUUGUUUAAUCAGUGCCUGUUGAACCAGUAAACUGUAAGAUACACCAAGAUCUGUUCAACUGCAAUUGAGAAUGGCUUCUAUAGACCCUUAUUCUCACAUAAUAGUUGAACAUCAGGUUUCUCACAGAUUAACUGUGUCUGUGCUAAGAGCUGAGAAAGUAACAAAGGGAACAUUUGGAGAUCUACUUGACACUCCUGACCCUUACAUUGAAUUGCUCAUCGCCACGGCACCAGAGGGCCGCAAACGCACCAAGUACCUCAACAACAUUGUCAACCCAGAGUGGAAUGAGACGUUUGAAUUCCUUCUUGACCCCAAUGAGAAGAAUAUUAUGGAGAUUACUUUAAUGGAUGCAAAUUAUGUGAUGGAUGAAACUUUGGGCACUACCUCAUUCAAUAUUGGAGAGAACAUCAAAGUAGGAAAAAAGAAGGAGUUUUCAUUCGUCUUCAAUAAUGUGACUACUGUCUUUUUGGACAUGUACUUAGAAGUUUGUUCUUCAGCUGAUCUGAGAUUCAGUAUGGCACUGUGCAAUGAGGAGAAGUCAUUCAGACAGAUGAGAAGAGAAAAAGCCAUGCAAGGAAUUAAGAAGCUCUUAGGUCCAACAAAUUCCAUGAAUGCACCGCAAUCAAUACGGGAGGUACCAACAAUAGCUAUUCUGGGUUCUGGAGGAGGCUUUCGAGCGAUGGUUGGGUUUGCUGGUGUUAUGAAGGCAUUGAUGGAAUCUGGAGUUUUUGAUUGUGCAACUUAUAUCGCAGGGCUCUCUGGUUCCACUUGGUACAUGUCAACAUUGUAUUCUCACCCUGACUUUCCAAGAAAAGGACCAGGCGAAAUCAACAAAGAGCUGAUGGAAAGUGUCAGUUAUAGUCCAAUGUACCUGCUGACCCCUUUGAGGAUCAGACGUUACAUUGAGGCACUGUGGAAGAAGAAGAGGUCAGGGCAACCUGUCACCUUUACUGAUGUGUUUGGGAUGCUCAUUGGCGAAACACUGAUUCAAAAUAGAAUGAACUCUAAGAUGAGUGAGAUGAAGGAUAAAAUAAAUGAUGGUCUUUGUCCCAUGCCCUUGUUCACCUGUCUUCAUGUAAAACCGGAUGUGUCUGAGCUUAUGUUUGCCGAUUGGGUGGAGUUCAGUCCAUAUGAGAUUGGAAUGGCAAAAUACGGGACCUUCAUGCACCCUGGAAUCUUUGGCAGCAAAUUCUUUAUGGGAACAGUGGUGAAGAGAUAUGAAGAGAAUCCACUUCAUUUCUUAAUGGGUGUUUGGGGUAGUGCUUUUUCGAUUUUAUUCAACCGAGUACUCGGAGUUACCAGUUCCAACAAUCAAAGCUCCACCACUAUGGAGGAAGAGCUAGCACAAAUUCAAGCCAAGCAUUUAAUAGGAAACGACAGCUCCGAUAGUGAUGAUGAAUCCCAACCCAAAGAGGACAGAAUCGGUAGUGAAGCAGCUGAUAUGGAAGAGGAGAUCCAGAGAAAUAACCAGGACAGCUGGGUACAGAGGAUGUUAAAGACUCUGUUCAGCGACACUGCACUCUUCAACACGCGAGAAGGCCGUGCAGGAAAGGUGCAUAACUUCAUGCUGGGUCUCAACCUAAACACAUCAUUCCCACUCUCUCCUCUCUGUGACCUCAUGAUGCAAGAGGAAGAUGAAGAAGAAGUUGUCACAGACCCAGAUGAAUUUGAAAGGAUUUAUGAACCACUUGAUGUGAAAAGUAAGAAAAUUCAUGUGGUGGACAGCGGGCUCACUUUCAACCUCCCCUACCCAUUAAUACUGAGGCCCCAACGUGCUAUUGACCUUAUCAUCUCCUUCGAUUUUUCUGCCAGGCCAAGUGACUCCAGCCCACCUUUUAAGGAGCUCCUCCUUGCAGAGAAGUGGGCAAGAAUGAACAAUCUGCCAUUUCCUAAGAUUGACACCAAGGUUUUUGACCGAGAAGGAUUAAAAGAGUGUUACGUCUUCAAACCUAAAAACCCAAUGACAGAGAAGGACUGUCCGACCAUCAUCCACUUUGUACUGGCAAACAUCAACUUUAGGCAUUAUAAGGCACCAGGUGUUAAAAGAGAGAGCGAGAAAGAAAUGGAGAAUGUGGACUUUGACAUCUUUGAUGAUGCUGAUUCCCCAUAUUCUACUUUCAACUUCCAAUAUUCCAAUAAGGCAUUUACACUGCUUCAUGACCUAAUGGAGUUCAACACGCUUAACAAUAUUGAGUUGAUUAAAGAUGCCAUAAUCGAGAGCAUUAAGUACAGACGACAGAAUCCAUCUCGCUGCUCUGUAUCCCUCAGUGACGUAGAAUACAGAAGAUUGAAAAAGUCACUUAGUUUUGAUGGGCUGCAGUCCAGGAGGAAGCGACAUGCUGCAGAGGAACAACAUAAACCAAUUUAGCAGCAGCACUGCCACAGGAGGAGACUGGCAUUUCCAGAGACUGGCAGUCAAAUCUUAACUACCCAAGUCCACAAUAUUUACUCCUUGGAUUGGACUACACAUUGGAUCUUACGUAAUACCCUGACCGCAAUCAGCGUAUCAAAAUAAUAACAAAACAAAAGAGCAGAAUCCUACUUAAAAACAACAGUGAUGAUAAUAACAUAAUGGACAAGCUGUGAAAGAUAGAGUACACCAAAUGGAAGAUUCUAUUGUCAUGGUUAAAACCCACUUCCUUUUCACGCAUUCUUUGUUUUCCCAUCUAUCUAGGGGAGGGGUCAUACCUUGGCUCUCAACCAGUGCUGGUCUGAAUUGAUAAAUGUGGACUAAGCAGAACAUGGUGAUGACAAUAUUAUUGGUUCUUCUUUUCCCAGUCCACUUUGUAGCUAAGUUCCAACAAUUACUUGCCUGAGGAUCAGGAAGUCAAUAAUGAUUACAAUUAUAAAUUAAAUCUUAUCAUAUACUGCAGAUUGCUGAGGGACAGAAAUUAAAGUUAACUUUCAAAACAUGUUUCUUUUUGGGAUCUGUAACUCAAAGUGAGUGAUAAUAGUCACUUUGCAUUCUGAUUUUAGAUAAAAAAUAGUGUCAUCAACUAGUCCUGUAGAAUUUCUUUAUCACACCUGAUCUUUUAUGUCUUAAGGACAGUGUAGCUUCUUGCAAACACAAGACUUGCUGGUUUUACACUGAGAAUGUCUCAUUAGCAUUUCUUCAUUCAGGUCGUCCACUAAUAAAUCUAGCAAGAGGACAAAUGGAUUCUGUGUUUAUUUAGAUAGAUAUCCAAACCAAGUAUAAAGAGCUCCCGUUCAUGGCAUACAAUGAUAAUAUAGAAAACUCAAUGUGGCCAAGUGAGACGUGUUUGUGGGGUUUGAAAUAUAACAAGCAGAAUUAUCAGAAUCAUCAGUCUCUUUACCGAAACUUCCAACUGUGUGAUAUAUUGGUAACCAUUUGCAUAAAUGACGCUUUGGGUAAAACAAUAAUCUAUUGCCACAUUUAUUGUUAAAAUUCCAACAAGACAAGGUUUUGAGAGCCAGUUUCUAUUAUAUUGCCCUACAAUGUGUUAAAUUGGCUGGCCUCAGUUGGAAUUCUAUUGAAACAUCAAAUUGAAUAGUAUGUUCCCUGACACCACUUUAAAAAGAUGGUGGUUCCCUAUGUCACAUCUAGACCAGAUUUUUUGGGAGGAGACAGCAUGCUCCAUUUUCGCUCCUUUUCCAUAAUACCAGGAAUGAUGUGGUUUAGCUUCCAACAUUCCACUUUACAUUGAUUGCACCAAGUCAGCUGAAUAAUACCCUGCCCCAACAGAGCACCACAGCUUAGCUUUACUUUUGCAUUAUAUGUGUCAUUUCUUGAUUACCUAAAUGUAAAACUGGCAAAUGAAUUCUUCAGAAAAUUGUAUUUAUGGCUGAGAUUUUGGAAAAUGGCCAAACAUACAACUUUCUGGUCAGUGGAAGUCAUCGUCAACGUGGAUCUCUUUAUUAGUACGAUUUCCCUCUCCUGAGUCCUCCACUAUCACUUCCUUCAGACUGAGCUGCACGCUUUUACUCUGUCAGUGCUGAGGAAACAUGGGAAUCAAUUGAGUUUGGGACAGUGUCAGUGAUUUCCUUCCUGCCAUAAAGGGAAAGAAGCUGCUUAGGCCAGAUAUUCCACCUCGCGGCACACAGCGAGAAUGAGGAAAACUCGGUGUGGCCAAGCAAGUGAGGCGUGUUUGUGGGGUUUGAAAUAUAACAACCAGAGCAAUCAGAAUCAUCAGUCUCUUUACCAAAAUUCCAGCUGCGUGAUAUGUUGGUACCUUUUGCAUUCAUGACACUUUGGGUAAAACUAUAAUCUGUUGCCACAUUUAUUUUGAAAUUCCAAUAAGGCAAGGUUUUGAGAGCCAGUUUCUAUUUUAUAGUCCUUGGAGACCACACUAUUCUCUGUUUAUAAAUCAUCUUAAUCCAUAUGACUUUUGAUAACAUGCAUUAUACACAUUUGGAGGAUUAAAAGCCCAAUUGUUUUUCUCUUUCUCAUCUGGUGGACCUGCCCCAAGGCCAUGUCAUUGAAUUAUUUUCAGGCUAAUGUCACAGCUAAAUUUUUAAGUGGGCGGUGGCUGCCAAGGGGGCACUCCCUGCAUUUACCAGUUUGGUGAAUCCGUUUGCAACUGCGCCCGUAUGUGAGGUCUGCUCAGAAAGAACUCAGAGCUAGGGAUGGAAACGGUGUCAGGGCAGUUCAGCAACUCCACCUGAUUCAACAAAAAUCUUUUUAAAGCAAAAGCGUAACUUUUCCAAGUAGGCAACCAACACCAAGAAACUGCAUUUUAUUUCACACACUUCGCCAUCAAAAUCAUAAUUGAACUCCUCUGACUGCUAUAGGGUCUGAUUUGAAUAUUUCAAAUGGAUUCGGUGUUGGGUGAGAGGUCCUGCUCUUUAAAAAGUCUGAUUUGUGAAAAGGGUGUAA